AUGUCUAUUGGAGACCAAAUGCAAAUGCAAAUAAAACAAUGGCCUCCAUGGUCUGAUCUUCCUUCUGACCUUGCGUCAAACAUAGCAGAGCGUCUAGGCCCCAUCGAGCUUCUGAGUUUCCAGAGCGUCUGCAAAGCUUGGAACUCUGCUUCUUCCACUGCCUCAGCUAAAAUUGAAUCCACACCAGACUUUGAACCCUGGUUUCUACUGUAUGCUGAGGAUUCUGAUCAUAAUUGCCAAUUGGUCACAGAAAGUGGUAAGAAGUUCUCCGUGAGACUUCCGGAACUGGAUGGAACAACUUGCCUUGCAUCGAACCAAGGAUGGCUUCUUUUGUUCAAGAAACGAGGUCUUGAAGGUGAAGCUGUUGGUAAUUGUUGUGGCGCUUCAUCACUGUUCUUCUUUCGGCCCUUCUCCGAAACAAAAAUAGACCUUCCGGGAUGCCCUUUCUUGGAGCUCUCUGAUCAUGUUGCAGCAUUUUCGUGUGUUCCAACUUCCCGGGAUUGCACAGUUUCUGUCAUAAACCGCGUCAAUGAUUAUGAACCGAAGCUACAUUUACUUCGCCGCGGAGCCAAGGAAUGGUUCCAAUAUGACAUUCCUUGUUCAGGUUUCGGUACAAUCAAUUGCGCUGUUUACCACACUCAAAAACAAGAAUUGUACUUUUUCGACCGUAGAGACUGUGUGCUCAUUAUCGUAUCUACUAUUUCAUAA